CCCACCUCCCCCUCCCCUCCUCCAGUUCCCAUCAAGCAGCAACAAACUGAGAGGAGACAGAGGGGCGCAGGAGAAAGAGAGGCAGUGCCGAGCAGGGAGAGAGAGAGAGAAUCCCCGACCUCUCGCCUCCGCCCUAGCCACCAAGGUUCCUCCUGAUCGAUUGAUUCCCAUCCAUCCAAAACCCCAACAAAAUGUGAGUUCUCAUCUCAUCCUCUCCUCUCCUAUCCCGCGAGAGAUUUCCACCUGUUAUUUUUUUUCCUUUCCGGUUUCGUGGAUGGGGAUCUGUUCUGUUCUGCGUCGCGCGUUUUUUGUUCUGAUCUGUUCCGGCGAACGGACUGGAGCUGCUGUUUGGGAUACAUUCCGCCCAGAACCCGGUUCCUGGCCUGCGGGAGGGAGGGAGGAGUAAAUGAGCGGCCGCGCGCCGCCUCCCCACUGUCGGUCGACACAUGCCGUUCCACUGGGUGGAAUUUAUGGCGACUCGGACGCGGCGCUGCUUUUAGUAGUAACCAAUGCAGCUUCCUCCUCAGGGCCUGGAAGAAGCUGCGACCUUCUUUGUGUGUGUGUUUUUUUUGGCGACGAGAUCUGACGACAGUGGCGGCGGUUCGAGGUUCGGUGCGAGAGCGCGACGUCCCGGAAUCGGCGGCGGCGAAGAUGUCGGUGAGCCACGCGGAGGACAUCGAGAUAUCACUGUGCGACGGCAACUCGGAGGACGAGCGGCGGCGGCGUAAGAUCGGCUCGCUGCGGCGGAAGGCUAUCCACGCGCUCAAGAAGCGAGGGAGGCGCCGCGUCGACUUCCGCUUCCCGCCGGCGGCCAUCUCCAUCGAGGACGUCCGCGACGCCGAGGAGGAGCGCGCCGUCGCCUCCUUCCGGGACCGCCUCGCCGCGCACGGCUUCCUCCCCGACAAGCACGAUGACUACCACAUGAUGCUCAGGUUCCUCAAGGCCAGGAAGUUUGAAGCCGAUAAGGCAAUGCAGAUGUGGUCGGAGAUGCUGAAAUGGAGGAAGGAGUUCGGAACUGACACCAUCCUCGAGGAUUUUGAUUUCGCAGAACUGGAUGAUGUGCUGCGCUACUACCCUCAGGGCUACCAUGGUGUGGACCGCGAAGGCCGGCCCGUGUACAUUGAGAGGCUAGGGAAGGUGGAUCCCAACAAACUCAUGCAGAUCACGUCUGUGGAUCGCUACAUCAAGUACCAUGUCCAGGAGUUUGAGAGAGCCUUCAGGGAGAGGUUCCCUGCCUGCACAUUGGCUGCCAAGAGGCACAUUGACUCGACCACUACCAUCUUGGACGUCCAGGGUGUGGGGUUUAAGAAUUUCUCCAAGACUGCCAGAGAACUUGUGCACCGGAUGCAGAAGAUUGAUAGCGACUAUUAUCCCGAGACACUCCACCAAAUGUUUGUUGUGAACGCUGGGAGUGGAUUUAAGUGGAUCUGGAACAGCGUGAAGGGCUUCCUUGACCCAAAGACUUCAUCCAAGAUUCAUGUGCUUGGUUCGAACUACCAGAGCAGGCUUCUUGAAGUAAUGGAUUCGAGUGAGCUGCCAGAAUUCCUUGGCGGUUCAUGCACAUGUAGUGACAAGGGUGGUUGUCUUGGAUCGAACAAAGGGCCGUGGAAUGAUCCUUAUAUAUUGAAGCUGAUCCACAAUUUGGAAGCUGGAUGCGCGAGGGAAAUCAAACCUGUUUCUGAGGGGGAAGAAAGAAACAGCUCAUCCUUUCGGUUGGAACAGAUGAAAUGGCAGGGCUUGCUAAGUGAUACAUCAAAUGCUGAAUCUGGAUCUGAUGUUGAUGAUUUUGGUGCAUCAUUUGUUCAUAAAGUUUCUGACUAUGGUUGCUUGACUCCAGUUCAUGAGGAAGUAAAGGGCACAGAUCGUGUGACAUACUUCAGCUAUGAUGAUCAAAGCCACCCGGAUAUGGCUCCUGAAUCUUACCAUGGAGCGCGACGAGCUACUGGAAUGGAGCACCACAAACCAAUGGCUGAUUUCAGCCAAUAUUCUGCCAAUAGAAGGCCUGGGGACAGUGCUCUUAACGUCAAUGGUACGGCCGCUCAAAGCGGCUGGGAAAACGUGGUGAAGCUAGUGGUUACAACUUUGGUCAAGCUCUUCUACUUCAUCCGGCUUUUCCUCUCCACAGCCGAGAGGAGGCUCGAGAGCAUCCAUCGCCCUGCUCCACCAGCGGCCCCAGCAGCGGCAGAGGAGCCAAGACCUCGCGCCAUCAGUGAUGAAGAGGUGUGCGCCUGCCUGCAGCGCCUUGACAAUCUUGAGUCGAUGUGCAGUCACCUCGCCGCCAAACCGCCGCAGAUCCCAGAGGACAAGGAACUCAUUCUGUUGAGCUCGUUCGAGCGGAUCAGAUCCGUUGAGGCUGACCUCGAGAGGACCAAAAGAGUAUUGAAUGCGACCGUGGUGAAGCAGAAGGCACUGGUGGAGACUCUGGAAUCCGUACAGGAGUCGUCGUCUAGAGUCAAGAAGAGGAUGUUCUGUUCAUAGGACAUUGAGCCGAGCUGAGCACCAGCAGAUCCCAGGAACCAUGCCAUCUGCGUCGUCAUUAACCAACAAACUGUGAAGCUGACGUGCGAAGCUGCCAGCAGCCGGAGCGGAGCCGCCAUUUUGACCUCGUCGCGACCACCCACUUCGUCAGCCCUCCGAGGAGGAUGAACCAGCCUACACCAAAAUGGAAGAGAAGACCGUAGCACCCAUGUCCCUUCCUUUCAUUCCCACUCGUUUUUGUAGCCUCCGUACGGUUGUAUUUGUUCCCUGCCUUCCGGCGCUCCCGUUUUUUGAUUGGUGAAUUCUCUGCUCCGGCCGGCCGCCGAGCGCCAUGCCAAGUGCUGUGUUACAUCUUCUUUUCCUUGGUGCCGUCCGAAUGGCUGGAGUCGUUCUUCUGUAUACUGAUGAGUACAGAGUAGUGACCCCCGCGGCAGGAGCUGAGCUGGGGAGAAGCACGGUGGCGAGCUUGGUCUGGCUGCAGCUCCUGUGCUGUCGUCUGUACAUGGCACAGACUGCUUCUGGUGGCCCUGCUAAUACAGAUUGCUAUGAAAUGGCCUGUUUGGGUUC